AUGUUAAUAACUAAAGAACUUGAGACUGUAAGUGAAGAAGAGAAAAACUCCAAGAAAAUAAUGGAUCAAGUAUUCCCUGGGGUAUGGACAUCUAAUAUACCAGGGAGAGCAAAUAAUGCAUUACCUAUACAAAUCAAGCUUAAGGAAGGAGAAUGGGCAGUGAGGGUUAAACAAUACCCCCUGAAGAAAGAAGAUAGAGGAGGGAUUAGCCCAAUUGUAGAGUUUUUUUUUCAAAUAGGACUGUUAAAAGAGUGUCAAUCUGAUUUUAAUACUCCCAUUUUGCCAGUAAAGAAGCCUGAUGGGUCAUACUGGUUAGUACAAGAUUUAAGGGCAGUUAACAGAGUAACUGAAGACUUGUACCCAGUAGUUGCUAACCCUUAUACCUUGUUAACUCGUUUAACACCUGAACUAACAUGGUUUACCGUUUUAGAUUUAAAGGAUGCUUUCUUUUGCCUCCCUCUCCAUGGACCCAGCCAGAAAAUUUUUGCAUUUGAAUGGGAGAACCCCAAAACUGGACGGAGGAACCAGCUCACAUGGUGUGUAUUACCACAGGGAUACAAGAACUCUCCUACUAUAUUUGGGGAACAGCUUGCCAAGGAUUUAGAAUCUUGGGAACCUCCACCAGGAGAAGGACAGUUGCUUCAGUACGUGGAUGAUCUCCUGAUAGCCACCCAGACCCAGGAAACAUGCGUGGACUGGACGGUAAGCCUCCUAAACUUUUUGGGCCUACAGGGGUAUCGAGUAUCCCAGAAGAAAGCCCAGAUGGUGAGGCAAACAGUCAUUUACCUGGGUUAUGAAGUGAGUGCUGGACAAAAGACCUUGGGCCAAAGAGAGCAGAGAUCUCCAGCCUUAGGACUUCCAGACGUGAGUAAACCAUUUUUCCUGUUUUCCCACGAAAAACAAGGGAUCGCCUUGGGAAUACUAGCACAGAACUUAGGCCCGUACCAGAGAAGAGCAGUGGCUUAUCUCUCCAAACAACCGGAUACAGCAGCUAAGGGAUGGCCAGGGUGUCUCAGAGCUGUUGCAGCAGUGGCAGUGAACAUCCAAGAGGCAUGCAAAUUCACCCUAGGCCAGAAGAUGACCGUGCUAGUAUCCCACACAGUGUCUGCAGUCCUUGAGGCAAAAGGCGGGCAUUGGCUCUCUCCACAGAGGUUUCUGAAGUACCAAGCUAUACUAGUAGAACAGGAUGAUGUUGAAAUUGUGGUAACUAACAUUGUGAAUCCAGCUUCCUUUCUCAGCGGGGGUAUGGGAGAACCAGUGAUCCAUGACUGUCUGGAGACCAUUGAAGCCACCUACUCCAGCCGCCCGGAUCUGAAGGACAUCCCACUCAAAGGUGCUGAGACUUGGUUUACUGAUGGAAGCAGCUAUGUCAUCAGUGGAAAAAGGCAUGCUGGGUAUGCGGUUACCACAAGCAGAGAGGUAAUAGAGUCUGGACCUUUAUCAGCAAACACCUCUGCACAGAAGGCUGAAAUAAUCGCCUUAACUCGAGCCUUAGAGUUGGCAAAAGGAACAGAGAUUAACAUUUACAUGGACUCAAGGUAUGCAUUCGGGGUGGUGCAUGCACAUGGAGCCAUUUGGAAAGAGAGAGGACUGUUGAAUUCGCAAGGGAAGAAUAUUAAACAUGCACAAGAGAUACUGAGACUACUUGAUGCAGUGCAAGUACCUGAGAAGGUAGCCAUCAUGCACAUUAAGGCACACCAAAAAGUGAGCUCUGAACUGGAAGAAGGGAAUAUGCUGGCGGACAGAGAGGCAAAAGAUGCAGCCAAAGGUGAGGUAGUUGAGGAGACAGUGGAGGCAACAUUGAUCCCAGAUGGAAAGAUUUCUAUUGAAGCUAAGCCAGUGUACAAUAAAAAGGAUAAGAAACUUAUUAAGGCAGAAAAAGCAAAUUAUAAUCAAGAAGGAUGGGCUGUAACAGAGGAAGGGAGACUUGUAGUGCUCUCCUAUUUGUUCUAG